AGCUUUGUGCAAUGCAAAUCACUAAGGCGCGUGAGUCUAUCGUGAUCCAGUGUAAACCAGCGCUAAGCUGCUAAUAUUGAGGCUGCUCCGGUUGGUGUUGCUGUUCUUGCAGCUCAUUAUUAUUGUCGAGUUUUGGACGAUGGCACAAAUACAUUGCAUGUGUUAUUUGCUUAAUAUUUCGCCAACGAUAGCGACGCGAGCGCCGUUUGGAGGUGACCUCGUAACAGCCACAUCCUCAUGUGUCGGUCACCACAGCACUGUGAUUUCUAUGGAGCCCAAUGAACGCACUCCACUGCUGGCAACGGGCACAGUUCGGCCAGCAUCUUUGCCAGCAAUCUACACAAAAGAAUGCCUUAAUUGGCGCAUCAUUGGACUGCUCUUGAUGUUCAUCGCUGGCCUGGUGCUGUCCAUAUAUUUGCUUUGGAGACAAACAUACGAAAUGUUGGAUAAUGGUUACAAGCUGAACCUGAUGCGGCAUGAUAUAUGGAGUAGGGCACAAUUGGCUGACCAGGCACUUUUGGAGGCGGAGAAAGUUGUCAAUGUUUUCAUAACACACACAGCCAGCGAGGAGUGUAACGAGAAUUGUGCGGAUCUGCUUCACAACAUGCAGCGCAAAUAUUUGGGGGAGUUACCAUUUAAUUUUUUGAUGGCUGGCGACUGUGAGACGUACGAGGCGCGGGGCUGGCAGUAUGCGAGCAGCUAUGGAACGCUGCCUUCGGCCAGUUCCCUGGUGCUGGCCUUUGUGGGUGACUUCAGCCUGCGCAUACCUAGCACUUGUCAGCUGCAGAUGGCAAGAGCGUUACUCUGGGAGUCUCAGCGGCGACUGAAAUUGCAGCCACACUACCAACUCUAUGUGGUGCGCAAUGUGAGUCGCAGUGAAGGCGAUGCGGAUGCACUGCAUCGUCAUCUGCAGAAUUGGCCACUCUACGCUGGCCAGCGGAAAGUCAUGUGAAAGUGAAUGAAAAAGUCCAAGUAGUUCCUCUUGA